GCCUUAACACCAUCCAUAUGUCGUGUAAACCAGCAACUCCGCAGCGAGACUCUCGCCAACUUCUACUCACACAACACCUUCUACUACCUACACGACAGAUCCAACACCCCAGUCGACAACAACAGCGGCGUCACAGCAUUCUCCCAGUGA